UUUUUGUGGUUUGUGAAGUACGGACGUGGUUCACUAGUGAAUUCUCAACUUGCAAUUUUUUUCGAGAAGUAAUUAUAUAAAAAAAUUGUAAUAUAAUUAACUUUUUUGCCUCAAUUAGAGACCAUCGCAGGGUGGUGGAAAAUUGGAAAAAGUUCUCGGUCACACACGAAAAAAGUCACACAUAACUGAUAAACUUCAAGCUUGGAGGUUUCUUGAAUUGCAAAUCCCAAUUUUCGAUCGACCACAUCGGGGGAAGUUAAAUCAAAAGAAAAGAAGAUGAGUGUCGAUGUGUCGGGAGAAAAUCCACCGCCAGCUCAAAAUGGGGGCGCUGUCGAAGUGCAUGUGAAUGGCAUGAGUAAUGGCCACAGCAGCAGUAGCAGUAAACACAAAUCCUCUAGCAAGGAUAAACAUCGUGACAAGGAUAGGGAUAAAGAUCGUCAUAAGAGUUCUUCAAGCAGCAGUCACAAAAGUAGUAGUCGUGAUAAAGAAAAGCAUAGCUCUUCUUCAUCUAGCAGUGGCAAGGAUAAACAUCGGGACAAGGAUCGCGAUGAAAAACACAGUAGCAGCUCAUCCUCAAAGUCCAGUCAUCGUGACAAGGACAGAGACAAGGAUAAGGAACGCAGCAGCAGUGAUAAAGAGAAACACAAGUCUUCAUCGUCAUCUUCUUCGGGCCACAAAAGUUCCUCAAAGGAUAAGGAGAAGCGUGACAAAGAUCGCAAGGAAAGUGGUAGCUCCAGUAGUUCAUCAAGCAAGGAUAAAGAUCGUCAUAAGUCGUCUUCAUCCAGCUCUUCUUCACGGGAUAAGGACAAGGACAAAGAUCGCCAUCAUAAGAGUUCGUCCUCAUCGUCAUCAUCGAAAAACAAACAUUCCAGUUCAUCAUCAUCGAAACCAUCAAAACAAGACGUUGAUGGAUUUAUUAAGCCUGAACCCCUAUCACAACCACAGGAAAACGGUUUCAACAAUGUCCUUGUUGACAUUAAAACGGAAAACUUUAAGGAGGAGGACCUCAAAGCAGCAUACGAAAGCUCCAUUAAGCGAGAAAAUAUCAAAAAUGAGGUUAAACAAGAAAUGUUUACCCAAGAUCCACUUGACAGCAGUUGUAAUAAUGGUAUGAACAAAGAACACUAUGAGAUGAAUGCACCGUUUGAUGUGUCCCAAGCCAGCUCAUGUGAUUACUCCAUGUCACAGUUUAAGGAAGAUGAACCCGCCUUCGUUGCAAAGGAAGAAGCUAGCUAUAACGAAGAAGAUGAGGAUUCCCAGGAAAUGGAUCAAAAUGGUUCGCAACAAUAUAUGCAGCAGGAACAAGCUGAUGAGGAGGACGACGAUGAUGAAGACAUGCCACUGGCUGCCAGAAAAUCCAAGCAGCAAAAGCCUGUAGUAGUAGAAGAAGAGGACGAUGACGAAGAAGAUGUACCAUUAGCUAAACGCAAACUAAACAUUGUGGUGGAUGAAGACGAUGAUGAAGAUGUACCAUUGAUAGCAAGAAAAAAAUCAAAAAAAGAAACCAAGCAAAAGACUAAGGAGAAGACUAAGGAAAAGAAGAAGAAGCGAGUCAAAGAAGAGGAGGGCGAUUACACUGAGGUUAAGCCAAAGAAGGCUAAGAAGUCCAAGACGGCCGCGCCUGCCGUAAAAACCGAGGUUGCUUCACCUACUAAACGGGUGAAGAAGGAAAAGAAGGACGAAGAAGAAGAAGAAGUUUGGAGAUGGUGGGAAGAAGAAAAGCGUGAAGACGGCGUCAAAUGGAAUACUUUGGAACACAAGGGUCCUGUUUUUGCCCCACCCUAUGAGCGUUUACCACGCAAUGUGCGUUUCUUCUACGAUGGCAAACAUUUGGAAUUGACCGAAGAAACUGAAGAAGCCGCCACUUUUUACGCCAAAAUGUUGGGCCAUGACUACUGCACCAGACAAGUGUUCAAUGACAACUUCUUUAAGGAUUUCCGCAAAACAAUGACCAAGGAAGAAAAGGAUAUCAUUAAGGAUUUCAGCAAAUGUGAUUUUAAGGAAAUGAAUCUUUUUUUCACUGCGGAAUCGGAGAAACGUAAGAAUGCCAGCAAGGAAGAGAAAUUGAAGAAGAAAGAGGAGAACGAAGCCCUAGUAAAAGAAUAUGGUGUAUGCAUCAUUGAUGGGCACAAGGAGAAAAUUGGUAACUUCCGUUUGGAACCUCCAGGUUUGUUUAGAGGUCGUGGCGAACAUCCUAAGAUGGGUAUGAUUAAACGACGCAUACAAGCUGAAGAUGUAUCCAUCAAUUGUGGCAAAGAUUCGAAAAUACCCCAACCACCACCGGGACAUCGCUGGAAGGAGGUUUUACACAACAACACCGUUACAUGGUUGGCUUCAUGGACUGAAAAUGUUCAGGGUCAAAUGAAAUAUAUUAUGUUGAAUCCUUCCUCCAAGUUGAAGGGCGAAAAGGAUCAUGUGAAAUAUGAAACUGCCAGGCGUCUGGCCAAAUCUAUUGACACAAUUCGUAACACAUAUCGCAAUGAAUGGAAAUCGAAGGAAAUGCGUGUAAGACAACGUGCUGUUGCAUUGUACUUUAUUGAUAAACUGGCACUGAGAGCUGGUAACGAAAAGGAUGAAGAUCAGGCAGAUACCGUGGGUUGCUGUUCUCUGCGUGUGGAGCAUGUGUCGCUGCACAAGGAACUAAAUGGCAAAGAGAACGUGGUUGUGUUUGAUUUCCUUGGUAAGGAUUCCAUUCGUUAUUACAAUGAAGUGGAAGUGGAGAAGAGAGUUUUCAAAAACUUGGAACUAUUUAUGGAAAAUAAGAAGACCGGUGAUGACCUUUUCGAUCGUUUGAAUACACAAGUGCUGAACGAGCAUUUGAAAGAACUUAUGGAAGGUCUCACUGCCAAGGUGUUCCGUACAUAUAACGCUUCAGUUACACUACAAAAUCAAUUGGACUUGUUAACCCAAGACGAUAUGACGGUACCUGAAAAGUUAUUGGCUUAUAAUCGAGCAAAUCGUGCGGUAGCUAUUCUCUGUAACCAUCAACGUUCCGUGCCUAAGAGUCACGAGAAAUCUAUGGAAAAUCUCAAAGAGAAAAUAAGACAGAAACGUGAACAAUUGGAUGAUGCCGAAAAUGAAUAUGAGGAUCUGAGGAGGGCUGCCAAGAGGGGAUCUGUUCGCGAAAAAGUUGUUGCUGAUAAGAAGCACAAACAAAUCGAACGUUUGAAGGAACAAUUGCAGAAAUUAGAAUUGCAAGAGACUGAUAGAGAUGAAAACAAAACUAUAGCCCUGGGCACAUCCAAAUUGAAUUAUUUGGAUCCACGUAUAUCGGUGGCCUGGUGUAAGAAGCACAAAGUUCCCAUUGAAAAGAUCUUCAAUAAGACACAAAGAACUAAAUUCCUUUGGGCUAUACACAUGGCAGAUGAAAAUUAUCGCUUCUAAAUAGAGAAAAUCAUAGCCAACUACAUAAAAGUUACAUAUAAAAAAAGCAUAAAGAAAUCAAAUUUUCUCCAAACGCAAAACAAAAGUUUAAAAUGGAAAACAGAGCAGCCCACCCAAGAAGAUUGUAGACAUUUUUUUAAAAACACAUACUUGAGUUCAGUAUAUAGUGUAUUUCGUAUUCUUUUACGCUCAAAAAUCCAUACCUUAUUCCCCAACCAAGUAACCCAUCAACCAACCAAUCAACAACAAUAUGUAUUGAGUUUUUUUCAAUAUUAUUACUAACAUUUUUAUAAUUUAUAUAUAUACGUAUAUAUAUAUACUUAAAUAAAUAGUAUGUAAUGCAAAUAAUUUAAUUUAACAAAAAAACCUACAUAUUCAGCAAUUAGUGUUUAACAUUUAAUUAUUAUGAUGAGAAUGAAAUAAUGAGAAAACAAUGAACACACCUUUUUUGAAAUUUUAGUGUUAGCAGCAGUAAAAACAGAUCAAAACCAAGUUUCGAUUCGAAUUUAAUUUGGUUUUUGUUCUUAGCAAUUUUCUGCGUCUAGCCAGAGAGAGAGAGAGACUUCUGAAUAAACUAUAAAACCUCUGGUGUUUAUUUAGAAUUGCCUAUGGCUACUUUGGCUGUGGAUAUAAUUCACCUAUGUUUUCUGGACAUGUCAUUCGAAUCGAGACUAUGGUUAAGUAGAAGUAUUUUGAAUUUUACAAAGUAUUUCCCUCAAAAAUUGUUCUUUAGUCUAAUCAAAAAUCUCUUUAAUUUUUUAAGAUUAGAUUUGGGAGACUGUUUUACCGCAUGCCACUAGAGAUUGUCUUUAGAAAAAAGAAGUUCUUCUCAAACAACUUUGCUAUAAUAUUUCAAAUAACGUUGUAAGGAUAAUUUUAUGGGAGAAAUAAUUGAAAAUUAAGAUACCGAGCUUAAUUUCAUAAGUUGAAAGCUCAUUUUUAACACAUUUUAUGGCAAAGUUGUUUCAAUAUAAAUUUAGUUUAAUUUUAUUUAAAAAAAAACCUACUACAGCGAUUGUGUUGCAGCAGUAACAAGUUUUUAAUUAUGUCAUACAUAAAAACAUGAAUUUGUUAAAAAAAAAACUAGAAAACACAACAACAGAAAAUGAUACUGAUUAUCAUCAUCCAUUUUAAUAUUAAGUUACCAAUAUACAUACAUACAUAUAUAUAUUAUUAAUAUGAUAAUUUAAAUCAAUUUUAUUGCAAAUUUUCGCAUAAGGACACUCUAGUUAAAAACAAAAAACGCUAUCAUUACUAUUAUUAUUACUAUUAUUUAGUAUGAAAAAACAUGCAAUUGCUUCAACGGGACACCCACAUAAUAACACGGAUCUUAGAACACUUUUGAACAAGGCUUUAAUUAAAUUUGAUCGUUUUUUUUAUUAACUUCUUACAAUUUUCAAACCGCCUUCCCCUACCUCUUAUCAUAUAUCUUUCCCUUUUUAUUUAAUUUUUUUUUAUAUAUUUUAAAAUCCAUUUAGAAUCAUUUACUGUGCAAUUAUUUUUUUUUUUUAUUGAAAAAUGAAAAAAAUCCUUAUGUUUAACACAACUCCAAAUAAGAUAGAAUAAAAUAAAGUAUUUUAUUUGUAAACCAAAUAAAGCAUCUAAUAAAAUUGAAACAAAAAAUCACCAUUCAACCAUCCAUGCUAUCAAUGUUGCUAAAAAAUUAUUCUGUUGACUUAUAAUUGAUUGCUCUCAACAUACCUACAUACACACAUACAUGUAUCUCUAUCAUAAUUAAACAAUUACCUGUAGAUUAAAAAACUAUGAAAAGAAACAAAAAAAUAGUAUUCUCCCUGUGCAGCAUUAUUAUUAAGCCAUGGAGAGAUUGAGAACAAGCCACAACUUUAUAUUAAUACCAAUUAAUAGAUGAAGAAGAAAUAUGAUAAUAAAAUAAUUAAAAAAAUAUAUAUUUCUUUUGUAUUUUAAGUGACACGUAACAUGAAUAGUGGAAAAGCAUUCAAACACAUAGAACACUCACAAACGAAGCACAUCCAUAUUCAUCACAUAAUAGUACAUAUAUUGAAUUAUUUGCAAAAAAUAAAAAACAUAUUUCAAUAAAAAAUUUUCAGAGAAAUAA